AUGAGUGAUCAAUUUCCUGUAUCAUCAUCAUCAAAUAAUGAAGAGACAACAUUUAAUAUAACAGAAGAUCAAAGAAAGAAUAAUCCCGAUAAUAAUCCUAUUAGAGAUCAACAAGUAAUUGAAAAGAAAAUUAAAAAACUACAAGAAAUUCAUCAAGAUUGGCAUGUUGAUAAUAAUUGUACUUGUUGUAAACAAGAAUUUCUAAACAAUACUAUUAAUAAUAAUAAUAACACUAUUAACAAUACUAGUAAUACUAAUAAUACUGAUAAUAAUACUACUGAUAAUAACAAUGUAACAUUACCAUCAUCUGAUCAAGUCAACCAUCACCAUCAUCCUUCUAUCAUAGAUUCUAAUAAUUCUCAUAAUAAUAAUUCUCAUAAUAAUUCUAAUAAUUCUAAUAAUAAAAUAAUAAUAACAACAGAUAAUGUACAUUUAUCAGGUGAAAAUGUUAAAAAAGAAUAUAAUACAGAUAGAGGAUUAUAUUGGGAUUGGUUAUCAAUGGAUGAUGUUGGUAAAAAAUGUUUCUAUUAUAAAAAUGAUCCAUUCAGUAGUUUGAGAGAAGAAUAUUCAAAUAUUUCAAAAUUCUUUUCAGAAUUAGAAUCAAAUUAUGAUUUAAUAAGGAGUGAAUUGGAUGAAUUAUUAAAACAAGAAGAAAAUGAUUUUCAAGCAUGGCCUGAAACAAUUUGUAAAACUAAAGGUAAAUGGAAAGUUUAUCCAUUGGGAUUUGCAUUUGGACGUGAUUUAACAAAUGAACCAACAAAAUGUCCAAAAUCAGUUCAAUUACUUUCAAGAUUGAAUAAGGAAUAUAAUGUUCAUAUUACAACUGCUGGUUUUAGUUGUUUAAGUUCAAAUUGUUAUAUUUCUGCACAUAAGGGAUAUUGUGGAUAUAGUAAUCAUUGUUUAAGAGUUCAUAUGGGUUUAAUUGUUCCUUCAUCCAAUCAUCAUGCAUGUGCUAUUAGAGUUGGUAAUAUAAGACAUUGUUGGAAUGAGAGAGUUGUAUUUGGAUUUGAUGAUUACAUUACACAUGAAGCAUAUAAUUUCACAGAUCAAGAUCGUUACAUUUUAUUAUUGGAUAUUCGUUUUAGAGAAGUUGAGAAAUUUAAAUUUUAUGAUAAGAAUUCAAAUCAAUCUUUCAUUCCAAAUGUAUCAAUUGAUUCUAAAUUAAUUCAUUCAAAUUUAAUGUUAAAUCAACAAAAAGAACAAUCAGAUAUUAAUAAUAAUACUAAUAAUACUAUUGAUAAUACUAUUGAUAAUAAUAUUGAUAAUUCAAAUACAAAUGAUACAAGUCAAUCAAAUGAUGAUGAUUUGAAAUGGAAAGGUAUUUCAUCAUCAACACUUUCAAAUUCAACAGCUCCAAAAACAUUUGUCACACUUUCUAAAUAUGUUACCAAUGAUAUAGAAUGUUUGAAUGCAAACUAUAGUGACGAAUUAAAAGACAUGUUAAAGAAUGUUGUUGAUAAAAAUUAA